AUGCCGUCCUCAAACAGUGACAUCCUUUUGUACUUCUUGGCAAUCUUCGUCCCGCCUAUUAGUGUCUUUGUCAAACGUGGAUGUCACGCUGACUUUUGGAUCAAUGUCUUGUUAUUCAUCCUGGGCUGGAUCCCCGGCGUCAUUCAUGCGUGGUACAUCAUCUCAAAGUAUGAGACACCGGCCUAG